CAUUGUAACAAUAAAACCUAAUCCCUUACCCAUUUCCCCACCCUCAACACUCCAAAGCGUUUACGUUAUCCACAACGACACUCAUCAACCCUCCUUAAACCCUAGCCAUGGCUUCCACCUUCUCUGCAAUGUCCUCAUACAAGCUCUCCUCCUCCGCCGCCAUCUCCUCCUUCCCCUUCUCUGGCUCUCGCCGUCAAUCCAAUGGCGUCGUUCUCGCCAGAAGAAGCCGCAACGCCAGGGUCUCCGCCAUGGCCAAGGAGCUGCAUUUCAACAAGGACGGCACCGCAAUCAAGAAACUCCAGAGCGGUGUGAACAAGCUAGCGGAUCUGGUAGGGGUCACGCUUGGUCCCAAAGGAAGGAAUGUUGUUCUCGAAAGCAAGUAUGGUUCGCCGAAAAUCGUUAACGACGGUGUCACUGUUGCCAAAGAGGUUGAAUUGGAGGAUCCCGUUGAGAAUAUUGGUGCCAAGUUGGUGAGACAAGCUGCCGCCAAGACCAACGACUUGGCUGGUGAUGGAACCACGACAUCUGUUGUUCUAGCUCAAGGACUUAUCGCCGAAGGUGUUAAGGUUGUCGCGGCCGGUGCCAACCCUGUUCUCAUCACUCGUGGCAUUGAGAAGACAGCAAAGGCUCUGGUGUCUGAGCUUAAGAAGAUGUCAAAAGAGGUUGAAGAUAGUGAGUUGGCAGAUGUGGCAGCAGUUAGUGCUGGGAACAAUUAUGAAGUAGGAAAUAUGAUAGCUGAAGCAUUGAGUAAAGUUGGUAGAAAGGGUGUUGUGACUCUUGAGGAGGGAAAGAGUGCCGAUAAUAGUCUAUAUGUCGUCGAGGGAAUGCAAUUCGACCGUGGCUACAUUUCUCCAUAUUUCGUUACUGACAGUGAGAAAAUGGCGGUUGAGUAUGAGAACUGUAAGCUGCUGUUGGUUGACAAAAAAAUAACCAAUGCUAGGGACCUUUUCAACAUACUAGAGGAUGCUAUUAGAAGUGGAUACCCUAUAUUGGUUAUUGCGGAGGAUAUUGAACAGGAAGCUCUAGCAACUCUUGUGGUGAACAGACUUAGAGGGUCACUGAAGAUUGCAGCACUUAAGGCCCCUGGAUUUGGAGAACGCAAGAGCCAGUACCUUGAUGAUAUUGCAAUCUUGACUGGAGGUACUGUAAUCAGAGAAGAGGUUGGCCUUUCUUUGGACAAAGCUGGGAAAGAGGUUCUCGGUUUUGCGUCCAAGGUGGUACUCACCAAGGAUACAACAACAAUUGUUGGUGAUGGAAGUACCCAGGAGGCAGUGAACAAGAGAGUUGCACAAAUUAAGAACCUAAUUGAGGCUGCAGAGCAAGAUUAUGAGAGAGAAAAGCUGAAUGAGAGAAUUGCUAAAUUGUCUGGUGGUGUGGCUGUGAUACAGGUUGGCGCACAAACCGAAACAGAGCUCAAGGAAAAGAAAUUGAGAGUUGAAGAUGCUCUUAAUGCCACAAAGGCAGCUGUAGAGGAAGGUAUUGUAGUUGGAGGUGGCUGCACUUUGCUGAGACUUGCAUCAAAGGUGGAUGCAAUCAGGGAUAGUCUUGAUAAUGAUGAAGAAAAAGUUGGGGCUGAUAUUGUAAAAAGAGCUCUUAGUUACCCUCUGAAAUUAAUUGCCAAGAAUGCUGGUGUCAAUGGUAGCGUUGUCAGCGAGAAGGUAUUGUCCAGCGACAAUCCAAGAUAUGGAUAUAAUGCUGCCACUGGGAACUAUGAAGAUUUGAUGUCUGCUGGGAUCAUUGACCCAACAAAGGUCGUCAGAUGUUGCUUGGAACAUGCAGCCUCUGUUGCGAAGACCUUCUUAAUGUCAGAUUGCGUGGUUGUUGAGAUAAAGGAACCUGAGCCCGUACCUGCUGGAAACCCCAUGGACGGUUCAGGAUAUGGUCUGUAGAGAUCCACGGGGAAGUUCAGUGAGAACAGAUUUUUUUUUCUCCGGAUGAAAUGCAGAAUUUGGUAGCCAUUUUAUUUGUAGCAGUGAGUCCAAAUGGACGAUGGAUACCUGUAGUAGUGUUAUGAAUCAGAUAGUGAUGCACCCCAUGCCUAUAUUUUUUGAAGUUAUUAAUAAAAAAUUUUGCGAAUUACUU